CGGCGGCGGCCCGACUGCAGUCCCGGCGGGAGCGGAGCGAGCCGGGGCCGGGCCCGAGCCGGCGCCAUGGGGCGGCGCCGCCUGUGAGCCGCGGCGAGCGGAGCCGCGGGCGCCGAGCGGGGCCGGGCGGGCGGCGGCGCCCGAGGCCGACGGAGCGGCCGGGCCGGGCCGAGCGCGCCGAGGCGAGCGGAGCGGAGCGGAGCUGAGCGGCGGGAGAGGCCGCCGCCGCCGCCAAGAUGGCGGACCUGGAGGCGGUGCUGGCCGACGUGAGCUACCUGAUGGCCAUGGAGAAGAGCAAGGCCACGCCGGCCGCGCGCGCCAGCAAGAAGAUCCUGCUGCCCGAGCCCAGCAUCCGCAGUGUCAUGCAGAAGUACCUGGAGGACCGGGGCGAGGUGACCUUUGAGAAGAUCUUCUCCCAGAAGCUGGGCUACCUGCUCUUCCGGGACUUCUGCCUGAAACACCUGGAGGAGGCCAAGCCCCUGGUGGAGUUCUAUGAGGAGAUCAAGAGAUACGAGAAGCUGGAGACGGAGGAGGAGCGCCUGACCUGCAGCCGGGAGAUCUUCGACAUGUACAUCAUGAAGGAGCUGCUGGCCUGCUCGCACCCCUUCUCGAAAAGUGCCAUCGAGCACGUCCAGGGCCACCUGGCGAAGAGGCAGGUGCCUCCGGAUCUCUUCCAGCCCUACAUCGAAGAGAUCUGUCAGAACCUCCGGGGGGACGUGUUCCAGAAGUUCAUCGAGAGCGAUAAGUUCACACGGUUUUGCCAGUGGAAGAACGUAGAACUCAACAUCCACCUGACCAUGAACGACUUCAGCGUGCACCGCAUCAUCGGCCGAGGGGGCUUCGGCGAGGUCUACGGGUGCCGGAAGGCCGACACGGGCAAGAUGUACGCCAUGAAGUGUCUGGACAAGAAGCGCAUCAAGAUGAAGCAGGGGGAGACCCUGGCCCUGAACGAGCGCAUCAUGCUGUCCCUUGUCAGCACUGGGGACUGCCCGUUCAUCGUCUGCAUGUCGUACGCCUUCCACACGCCGGACAAGCUCAGCUUCAUCCUGGAUCUCAUGAACGGUGGGGACCUGCACUACCACCUGUCGCAGCACGGGGUCUUCUCCGAGGCCGACAUGCGCUUCUACGCGGCGGAGAUCAUCCUGGGCCUGGAGCACAUGCACAACCGCUUCGUGGUCUACAGGGACCUGAAGCCCGCCAACAUCCUGCUGGACGAGCACGGCCACGUGCGCAUCUCGGACCUGGGCCUGGCCUGCGACUUCUCCAAGAAGAAGCCCCACGCCAGCGUAGGCACCCACGGGUACAUGGCGCCGGAGGUGCUGCAGAAGGGCGUGGCCUACGACAGCAGCGCCGACUGGUUCUCCCUGGGCUGCAUGCUCUUCAAGCUGCUCCGGGGGCACAGUCCGUUCCGGCAGCACAAGACCAAAGACAAGCACGAGAUCGACCGCAUGACGCUGACCAUGGCCGUGGAGCUGCCGGACUCCUUCUCCCCCGAACUCCGCUCCUUGCUGGAGGGGCUCCUGCAGAGGGAUGUCCACCGGAGGCUGGGCUGCCAGGGCCGAGGGGCCCAGGAGGUGAAGGAGAGCCCCUUCUUCCGCUCCCUGGACUGGCAGAUGGUCUUCUUGCAGAAGUACCCGCCCCCGCUGAUCCCCCCGCGCGGGGAGGUGAACGCCGCCGACGCCUUCGACAUCGGCUCCUUUGACGAGGAGGACACGAAAGGGAUCAAGUUACUGGACAGCGACCAGGAGCUCUACCGCAACUUCCCCCUCACCAUCUCCGAGCGGUGGCAGCAGGAGGUGGCCGAGACUGUCUUCGACACCAUCAACGCGGAGACGGACCGGCUGGAGGCCCGCAAGAAAACCAAAAACAAGCAGCUGGGCCACGAGGAAGACUACGCCCUGGGCAAGGACUGCAUCAUGCACGGCUACAUGUCCAAGAUGGGCAACCCCUUCCUGACCCAGUGGCAGCGGCGGUACUUCUACCUGUUCCCCAACCGGCUGGAGUGGCGGGGCGAGGGCGAGGCCCCGCAGAGCCUGCUGACCAUGGAGGAGAUCCAGUCGGUGGAGGAGACGCAGAUCAAGGAGCGGAAGUGCCUGCUUCUCAAGAUCCGCAGCGGGAAACAGUUCGUCCUGCAGUGCGACAGCGACCCGGAGCUGGUCCAGUGGAAGAAGGAGCUGCGUGACGCCUACCGCGAGGCCCAGCAGCUGGUGCAGCGCGUGCCCAAGAUGAAGAACAAGGCCCGCUCGCCCGUGGUGGAGCUGAGCAAGGUGCCGCUGGUCCAGCGCGGCAGCGCCAACGGCCUCUGACCCCCGCCCGCCCGCCUUUUAUAAACCUCUAAUUUAUUUUGUCGAAUUUUUAUUAUUUGUCUUCCCGCAAAGCGGAAAAGGUUUUAUUUUGUAAUUAUUGUGAUUUCCUGUGGCCCCAGCCCCCGGGGAGGGGCCCGCUUGCCUCGGCUCCUGCCGCCGCCAGCCCAGCCACCCUCCAGCCACCCUCGGCCCUGCUGCCCAGGGGGUGCCCGCCCCCAGCGUCUUCCCGUGGGCAGGGGUGGGGGGAGCAGCAGCCCCCAGCAGCCCCUGCCCCUUCCUGGGGACAGUGCUGCGUCAGGCCCCACGGGCUGUGCCCGCACCCGUGGCACGGUGACGUGGCUCGGGGUCCCCGCCCCCGGGGAGGUGCAGCACGGGAAGACUGCCUGACUCUCCCCACCCCGACCCCCCCCCCCCCCCCCCCGUGACAGGGACACAGCCCUGCACCGACCGUCCUGCCUCCGGCCGGUUGGAGGAGCAGUCCUUGUCUCCCUGCCCCUGGGGCCACCGCGGUGACUCGGACCCCUGUCCCCUCACUGGGGAGAGUCCCCGUGUCACUGGCGGCCUUCAUUCCCACCUUCCCCGGACGCUGGGGCUGCGCCAGGAGGGUGGCGUCGGUGGUGGCAGCACCUGCUGCUGCCGCCACAGCCCCGCGCUUCCGCCCGCCCCAAGCGCCCGGGCUCAGGGACCACAGAAAGGCAACUGCGGGUUGCGCCACCCUGGUCCAGCCUGGCCCCGAGGCCCCUCUGUCCCCGGACCGGGCGAGGCCCUGUCCUCCAGGACCACAGGGGCCAGCCUGGGUGGCCUGGGUGGCCCGGCGGCACAGCGGGAGGGGCCCGGCGGGCCAGCCCUCGCCACCGCAGGCCGGCCAGUGUGCCCCCCGGGCUGCCCGGCCCCCCGCCCCGUGUCCCGUCAGUGCCACCGCCCACAGGGCGCCCCCUCGCCCACCGCAUGCCCCCUCGUGCCCGUCGCGCUGCCGUCCGUGGUGUCGAGCCUUCUCCCCCAGGGGCUGGGUCGGCUCACCCCCCAUCUGCUCACUCCCUGGGGCGUUUCUUUGCCGAUUUUUGAAUGUGAUUUUAAAGUGGAAAAAUGAGACUAUGCGUUUUUAUAAAAAAAUGGUGCCUGA